CUCUCUCUCGCUCUCUCAGCCACGAGGAGCAUGCAGGUUCCCAUCCUCUCUAUGGCCAUGGAGAGUGUAAAUGGCCUGGCUGUGAGGCUCUGUGUGAUGACAUGGGACAGUUCAUCAAGCAUCUGAACAACGAGCAUGCUCUGGAUGACCGCAGCACGGCCCAGUGCAGGGUGCAGAUGCAGGUGGUCCAACAGCUGGAGAUACAGCUGUCCAAGGAGAGUGAACGACUGCAGGCGAUGAUGACCCACCUGCACAUGCGCCCUUCGGAGCCAAAGCCUUUCAAUCAACCUCUGAACCUGGCAUCCAGUGGCUCCCUGCUGAAGAGGGAGAGCGAUGCGUACCCCGAGGGUCUACCUCACCCCCCCACCUCCGCCGCCGCCCCUAUUACCCCGGUCCGCCAGGGCCCCUCUGUCAUCAGCUCCUCCAGCCUGCACUCACACUCACACUCACACUCACACUCACACUCACACUCACAUUCACACCCGCACGGCGUGGGACCCAUACGCAGGCGCAUCGCUGACAAGUUCUGCACCCCCAUCGCCUCAGAGCUGGCACAGAACUGUGAGUUCUAUAAGAAUGCUGACGUCAGACCUCCCUUCACCUACGCCUCUCUCAUACGCCAUGCCAUUCUGGAGGCUCCAGACAUGCAGCUGACUCUUAAUGAGAUCUAUAACUGGUUUACACGAAUGUUCGCCUACUUCAGGAGAAACACAGCCACAUGGAAGAAUGCUGUGCGCCACAACCUGAGUCUGCAUAAGUGUUUUGUGAGGGUGGAGAAUGUGAAGGGGGCCGUGUGGACGGUGGACGAAGUGGAAUACCAAAAGAGAAGACCACCAAAGAUGACUGGGAGUCCUACUCUGGUGAAGAAUAUGAUUUCAGGCCUGGGCUUCGGUUCCCUAAACGCCAGCUACCAGGCGGCCCUUGCAGAGAGCAGUCUGACUCUGUUGAACAGCCAGGGCCUGGUUAACCCCUCCUCUGCCGCCAGCCUCAGCAUGCUACACGGGAUGGGCCACAAUGACGUCAGCUCCACUGUGGAACAGGUCAACAGCAACGGUAGCUGCAGCCCUACACUCAGCCCACAGCAGUAUGGACACCAGGUCCAUGUGAAGGAGGAGCCCACUGAGGUUGAGGAGGACAGACGCUCCGUGUCGCUCAUGGCAACUAUCACUCAUGGCAACAUGGCAUUGCCUAGCGAUCGGGAUGACCGAGAUUUGGAGGAUGAGCUUCCAACCGACGAGCUGGAGUAGGAUUGGAAGAGCUGAACCAGUGGGCGGGACUUUGAGGUUUAAUCCCGCCCCCUCCAUUGGAGGGAAGAGAAAUUAUGACACAUAAAAAAGAAGAUAUAGAGAGUUUUAAAAAUGUAUGAUUUCUUUUAAAGCAAGAAACCAACAACAAUGAGAAACUUCAAACAGGGUUAGACCUCCGUUAUGUACCGAUGCAAAAAUAACACUCUGGAGCAUUGCUUUAUCCCCACACGUUUUCACCCACCUCACCACCCUCCCUCCUCCCCCACCCUAUGAGCAGCGUAUUGCCAGAGAGACAGCUCUCAGUGGUGAUAUGGAGGUUCCCCCUUCUCCUCUGUCCUCCUCUCCCUGCUGAUUGUGACAGAUGGUCUGCCCGCCCUACAGUCCUUUAGUGCUGGUAGUUUGAUGUUCACACCACUUAAAUAUACAUACAGCUGUGUGUGAGGGAGAGUGUAGACACACACACACACCAGAUCAUGUAUAUAUAUUUUGGAACAGUCACCAGGAUGUGUAUACUUCUCCUCCAAUCCUGUCAGUCGCUUUUUAAUUCCUUCUGUUAACUGAGAGAGAAGGAAAGACAGUUGUAGUUUUCUCAAAGAUGAACCCACAUCUGCUCACACAUCAGAAACCAAGCGUACAAGCUAGUCAGUGAUCCAUAGGUGAGACUGAGACUGGAUGGCAGGACUCUGCCCUAAGCCCACUCUCUACCCAUUCUCUGCCCAAGCCAGACAAGACUCUCUCUCCUCCUUAAGCCAAACACAGAAAGAAGAAAUCCCCCAUCCCCACAAAACAGAUUUCAGGAAGAGGACCCUUUGUUGCAUUACUCCUUCUUCAUGCGUGAUAGAGUGAUGGGCCCAGGCCACCGAGAGAGAGAGAGAAAGAGAGGUAGGAGAGAGGGAGGGAGGGAGCAUCCACACAGCGAUAUCUGAAUAAAAUGGUUGAGGAUUAUGGAAUACGAAAAAUGUUACCCAAAAAGUGGUAUCGUUUUCACAUCUUUCUUUAUUUGAUGGUUUCUUUGUUUAUUUUUUAGGGUCAAUAUUUCCAUGGUGAUAUAAUCUGUUUUUAGGGUCAAUAUUUCCAUGGUGAUAUAAUCUGUUUUUAGGGUCAAUAUUUCCAUGGUGAUAUAAUCUGUUUUUAGGGUCAAUAUUUCCAUGGUGAUAUAAUCUGUUUUUAGGGUCAAUAUUUCCAUGGUGAUAUAAUCUGUUUUUAGGGUCAAUAUUUCCAUGGUGAUAUAAUCUGUUUUUAGGGUCAAUAUUUCCAUGGUGAUAUAAUCUGUUUUUAGGGUCAAUAUUUCCAUGGUGAUAUAAUCUGUUUUUAGGGUCAAUAUUUCCAUGGUGAUAUAAUCUGUUUCACGGUUUAUUUGGUCGUUUUUGUUUGUAUUGACUCUGCUGGUUCACACCAUUCUAUGCUAGUAUACCCAACCCACCCUAUGCCGAAUACCUUCCUGUGUGUCUGGGUGUGCCUGUUUAGAUGGCAGGAGAUUGAGAAUAGCACUUAGGAUCUGGGGCCUCAGCUCCUGAGAACACUCACUCAUUAUCCCCACAAUUUGUCAUACAUUUUUAUCAUUCCUUUUCAACUCAUUCCUUUUUAUUUUAUCUUCUCGUAGUUAGUUGAGAAACAUCAGCUGUGAUACAAAGCAAUGCUUUAAAAAAUAUAUUAUUACGGUCAGAGAAUACCUCAUCCCACAAAGGUUCCAUCUGGAACUGUGUCCAAAAUGUUAAAGAAAUAAUGGGAAUUCUUUCUGCGGGACACCAAAAUGUGGCAACUCAGUUUCAGUUCAAAGUUCUAUUGUUACCAUAGUUACUGUAUAGAAGCUAUCUGCAAUUCACUGUGUGAGUUGGACUAAAAGAAUAGCACGUGAGAUUACAAAUCUUUUGUUUUCAGUGAGCAUAAAAGCAUGACCUUCUCUGCAGUGCCAUACCAAAUUUAAACACAUUAUUUUCAUGUAUUAUCUGCUUUUCUCCCAUUUUAUUUUUGUUACAGGUAACCAAAGAAAUGUGUAGAAAACCAAAAACCCUGUAGUUUAUUUUUCCCCUUUUUGAGUUUUUCCUCUAAAGAACUGGCCAAAAGACAACCAACACCUGAAAUCUAAGUUAUCAUUGUAUUAUCGUAACUCUUGCGUUGAAUUUGUUCAUGACAGUACUGACCAUUCCAAAAACCAAAGUAUAAAAUGCAAAAUAGAAUUUGGUGAUGUUAAAAGCUUUUUACAUACGUGUUAACUGGUGCGAAUGAUGACUAACGUUAGGUAUGCUAUGGUAGAAGGCCAAAAACAGUAUUAACAAACAGCCUCUUGCAGUUCCUUCGAUAAAGAAAGAAAGCGCUUAGGAUUUAAAUGUGUAUCUCUCCAUGCUCAGGCUACAUGUGUUUCAAACACAACCCUAAGAGAGGCUCCGCUGUGGGCAGGCCUAAGAUGGGCUUUACAGUUAAAGAUGGCACAUCAUUAUCUUACCCUCAUAAGGCACUUGAACACAACAUUUAUAUCCCUUUAUGUGACACUAGAAGCCAGCAAAAAACUAACUGUGGGCUGUUGUCAGUUGUCCAUUAACCGGGAUACCGGGCCCAAAAAAUACAUUGUUAUUGCACUGCAAUAAUGCAUGUUUGGAUUCAUUUCCUCAACCAAAACAAUGCUUUCAUUGUGAAACUCAACACUAUAAAUUCAAACAACCCUUCGUGCUAUGCAGCAGAAUGUUACCUUCUUGACCCGGGUACCAGUUAGACUGAAUAACAAAUGGUUUAGCGGGGAACUGUUUAGCGGUGAACGGUUUAGCGGUGAACGGUUUAGCGGGGAACGGUUUAGCGGGGACCGGUUUAGCGGUGAACGGUUUAGUGGUGAACGGUUUAGCGGGGAACGGUUUAGCGGGGAACGGUUUAGCGGUGAACGGUUUAGCGGUGAACGGUUUAGCGGGGAACGGUUUAGCGGGGAACGGUUUAGCCGUGAACUGUUUACUUACUGUACCUUCUGUGCUGCUCACCUACAGUAUACUCUAGCAGACACAACAGUUUAACAAAUACCAAAAAGGACAAGUGUUAUUAUAAUACAUAGGAACAAUGAUAAUUGUUCACUCCUAUAUUGUCUUCAUGCUCUCACAUUACUAUAGAAACACAUUCAUAUCCCCAGUCUCAGAUGUGCUGUGAGUAGUUGUGAUAAAGACAGUUUGAAGCUGGCUGUCAUCCCAAACAUCACAUCAAUGGACAGGGAGGGAGGGCUAUUCAGAACAGAAAUACCAUUAUGACUACUUGUGAUAUUUACAGCAAAGAGGGAACAACUAACAAACGACAAAAUCAUGCAUAUGUAAAAGGAACACGCCAAGGGACAUGCAACUUAUGUAUUUUUUUCUAAAACAACAUUCGGGCAAGAGUUUUGUCAAAUCAACUCUUCACUUCAAACCAUUUGCUUUCUUUUUUAAAUAGAGGAGUCUUUGUAUUAACUUCCUGUGUAAAACAGCACUGUCUCCUGUCUAAGUAGGGUUAUGAUGCUUCACGUCAUCAGAUUGAUUUAUAACAAACAAAGUAGGAGAGGGACACCUUGAAACGAGAGUAAAAACCAAAAAUAACACUACCUCCUUUUCAAAAUGGUUCACACAAUAAAAGCAAAUGGGAGACUGGAGACCCUAAAUAUUUCAGUUUUUUCCCCAUUCUUCCUCAAUAACAAUAGUGAAAUAUACCAAAACACAGCUUACUGUUACUACACAUUUUGUGGGUCUGAAAAAGCUUGUCUGUCUAUCUGGACUCCAAAUUCACGAGCGUGAGCGCAAAAACAAAGAGACGUUACAACAACGUUGCAUCCCGUUAAAGAUGACUACCUCUCCUAAAACCACAGAGAACCGGUGCGUUCUCCUAAGAGUGAAGAGUGAAGUGGUUUAAAAGGUCUACUCUCAGCUGGGUAUUAUUGGCUGUCUCUGUGCUUUCAUUAGCAUAUGGCUCCGUGAACAGCCUCUUAAUUGGGUGCUCUAAUUGUAUGCACGCAUAUUGAUGAGCAGGCAUUGCCAGCAGCCAAUGAUAGUCCGGUCGUUAGUGGCGAUUCAAUGGGGCAGGAAGCUGAUUGUCAGGAGGGAGGAGGGGCAGAAUAUAUCAGUGCCCGGCACCCGCCAGUGGGCCACACACACACUAGUGCCCGCCACACGCCAGCGGCCCACACUUCAUAUUAAUGCAGAAAACGGCUGUAAGAUGGCAGCGAUAAAAGACACACUCUGUGUUCAGUCCAAAGGGCCCUGAGUACCAGUCAGAGCUGGGAAUAUAAUCCCUGUGACAUGGAGCUGUCCCCUCAUGGUGAAUAGUGGCCGCUGUCACUAGGAGCCGGGCCCCUGGUGGCCCCUGUGGUUCAGACAGCUGAGGAGACUCUGAGUAACUAAAGAUACUAUCCAAAGACAAACACAGAGCUUACUGUACACUGUACACCCUCAAUCGCCACUCGCUGGGAGAAGGGCAAUAAUAACACACACUUACAAAGGAAUUUAUCAUUACUACUAUUAUUAUUGUUAUGAUCCAAACUCUCAUGAAUGAGGAACUGCUGCAUUCAGUAAAUAUAAAUGAUCUUUGAAUUAUUGUGCUUUAAGGUACACCUGUAAACCACGCUGUUUUAUAAAGAUGUAGAUUGACAUUCGUUGAUGGUGUUGACAGAUCCCCAUAGACGGUUCUGUUCCUUCUCCGGCUUUGCUGUUAUGAUGUAUUAUUGUAUAUUAACGCUUGGCUUAGCUCUCGAGGGCAUUCUUUCCCAUUAUGUCUUUUUGAUUUUCUGUUGUGUUCAUUUUCUGCACCUGUUUAGCUAUUGUAAAGCUUCCAGCUCUGAUUCCUAUACUGUAUUGCUAAUGCUGAAGUGUAUGUAUUUUAUCAUAUUAAGUGCUGCAGGUAUCUGGGUUUAAUAGUUUUUGUUUUGUCCUUUUUUUCAGUUUUCUUCAUAAAAACGUCUGGGACGAUGAUUUUUUAAGUGUAUUAUCUCUAAAAAAUUAAAUAACUAAAGUUAGAUAAGUGGUUUAGGUAACACCUGUUUGUAUAUUUAUCUUAGCUAGGUCUAUUUUGAUACUUUUGUCUCUGUACUGCAUUUAUGCAUUUUUAAGGAAAGAAAAAGAAAAACUUACUGAAAACAAUGUAAAAAGUUGACUUCAUUAUGAUGAUACCUCAGAAGGACUUUUCUCUAAGACAGGACCAAAACCUCAGAAAAAAAAGAGAAAAAUAAUUGAAGAAAAUAUGUUGCUUUUGAAGAUGAAGCAGUGUUGAGGUGACGUUUUUGGUCCUUAAGGUGCCAAUAUGUGUCCUCUGAUCCCUGACCCCAGUCAUUCCUGAUGACCUUUAAGCCUCACAGCUGUCAAUCACUCCACAGGGCAACUGGGCGUGGCCCUGAGUCACACACCUGGUGACGUUUGUCCAAUCAGAAUCGUUGUUUUCUUGCAUUCCCAAACACAACGACACAGACACAAACACACACACAUUCUAAUGGCUUUCAGAAAUCCAGUUCAUCUUCAGUCAUGCAUCGAAGGUUUUGUGAGUGGCCGUGGCACAUCAGCUAACAGACUACCACAACUGUAACCAAACCAACACUAGGCAAUGCUCUAGAGCAACACCAAGGUGAAUGUCCUGUAUUAGCAACAUAAUAUACCACAAGCUACUUCCCAUACCUCAAACCAUUCUACGCUAUCACUAUCAUCACUCAGACAAGCACUCUUCCUAUUGGAUCACUAGUGACUCCGGGGACCUACAUGGGCCCGCCCCCGCUCUAUGAUUGGACAGCUCUGAGGUGUCAUGUCGAGGAGAAGAGGUCUUAAAGGGGUGUUGCCCGAUGGUAUUAUUAACUUCACGGCCCAGAAAAAUGGAACUACCACUUCAGCUGUCCUCUGGUUGUAUCUUAGGAACGUGUGUACAUUUUCAGCAGUGACUCUCUGUAACGUUACUUAGUUUCAGUUUACCUGUUUACCUCUUAUCUUUUUAUUUCAUUCUGUUUGUUUACUUUGUAAGUGUGACCCAGGCGAAGGGGUACAGUAGGAGCAGGCGGUGGUUUUUCAGACGGUCUAAAAGAGGUUUUAAAAAAGGCAACUGCCACCGAGACCUUUGCCCUUUCCCCCUUCCCUGGGUGGCCAUGUAAUGCCAGUCACUGCCCUUUCCCCCUUCCCUGGGUGGCCAUGUAAUGCCAGUCACUGCCCUUUCCCUCAUGCUGUAUAAAACACACACAUAUAUCUGUGUAUUUGUAACCUGAAUCUUCUUGUGUCUGUCCAUGCAGACAAUAAAACAGCUGUACAGUAGGUCUAGUUGCAUGUAAUCUGUACUAAUUAUUGACAAUGGCAUUAUAAAAUGCAAUAAAAUACUUAUUACACUGUC